UCAACGCAUGCGCAGCGUUACCGUCACUUCCUGUUGUUUCUAUGUUCACUUCCGGCCGUGGCUGGUUUGACUGAUCGGGUGCGCUUUGUCGGGCACUCAUUAUAUGGCAGGCACAGUAGCAUUCUAACAACCUACAAAUGGAAUCAGAAGCUAAAGAAGGAGAUGAAGAGAGCCUGCAAACAGCUUUCAAAAAGUUGAGAGUGGAUCCAGCUGGAUCUUCUGUUAGUGAAGGAACGGGAUUGAGAACUCCAGGCAGAGCAGCUAUUGAUGGAGGCUGGCAUCAGAUUGUCUGUUCAAGAGAGAUUUGGCACAGGGGUGCACGGAAACCCUUGAGAGGGGCAACAAGGCCACAACGUCGCAGGCGUUCCAAAUCUCCUGUCCUUCAUCCCCCAAAGUUUACAUACUGCAGCACGAAAGCAUCUUCGGUAAAUAACCAACUGAAACACAAAAGUCAGAUUGAUGCUUCAAAAAAUAAAAUUGGUCCAGAUCCUAGUGUUUCAGAAGAGCUGUACCUAAGUGGAAAGAGGUGUCCACUUUUUGACAGCAGCAACUGCAGAAAAAGCAGAGCAGGACAUCAGAAAAUGCUUACUAGUGAGCAGUCUUCAAAGAAUUUGGGAAGGGGUUGUCAUGCUUUUUCUUUGACCUUUGAAGCCAGCCUGGAUCCUAGCCAGCCUUCAGAUUUCCAGUCUCUUUCCAAGCUGAGUUAUGAGAAGCAGUGCCCAUGCAUGGACAAAGAAUGGCAAGCAAUAGAAACAUACUCCUUUUCUGGUUUGCGGAGUGUCUUGUCAGAGUGUGAAAAAGCAGUCCUGGAAGUGCGUUCGCAAUCUUUGCCAAACCGAUCACCUUCUAGUACAGGUUCGUCAGGCUCUGCCCGGUCUUGUUCUGAGCAAGCUCGAGUCUUUGUGGAUGAUGUGACUAUUGAAGAUCUUUCUGGGUACAUGGAGUAUUACCUAUAUAUUCCCAAGAAAAUGUCUCACAUGGCAGAGAUGAUGUACACUUGAGAUGAGAAUCAUGGGUUUGAAGUUCAGUGGUGGUAGUGAGAUGUUUCCUCAGUGCUGUAGAUGGAAAUGUGUCCAUUGUCAAUGCUGCGUGUUUGAUCAAACGUUUAUUUGCACCAUAUAAUGUAGUUUUUUAAAUAAAGUUAAAAAGACAAUA